AUGAUAUCGGAAUUGCUUGAAAAUAUAUUUAUAAAUCUUGACUAUGGAGAUCUUUAUUCUUGUCUUACCGUAAACCGUCAAUGGAAUCUAGAAGCAUCGAGAUGCCUUAUUAACAAGUUUAAUAAAGAUCUUGAUUCUAUAAAAAAACAAUUAGAAUGGAUUGAGAAAAAGGGAGAGCAAAUGCGUGUUCAAACUAAUGAAUUUAUUUAUUCGGGAAUAAAUUGGAGAGAUAGACGUAAACUUGCAUAUGAAAUUAAAGAUAUUUAUUCUCCACUUAAUCUGCAAGUCGAUCAUCUACUAAAGCUCCAUCUUCGUCUUGCAUGUUCAAGCGAAUUACAUAAGUCAUUUUAUAAAAGAUGGAAGAUUCUUUAUAAACAGGCGAAAUUGUUUGAGAAAAGAAAGCGGAAAGACUUACCGCCAAAUCUAUUUAUCAUAUUAGAAAAUACUUUGUAG